AUGGAUCUAACAUUAUCAACCCUAGCCAUCAGUGACGAGGAGAUGUCCGACGGCAGCGUUGAGCGCAGCAGCAGCAGCGCUGCCAAGAAGCCGAAGCGCCAGCGAACCUCUGUCAAGUACCAAGAACCAGACGACGAAUACGUUAAGGACGAGGAGGACGAGGUUGUGAAGACCGUCGAGGACGCUGAUACUAAUGGUGAUAACGGCGACGACGAUGAGGAAGACGAAGACGGUGAGGAGGGCGACGACGAUGUGUUUGUCGUCGAGAAGAUCGUUGCACAUAUGAUCCAGAAGAAUAAACUCCUGUUUCAUGUGAAGUGGGAGGGCUAUGACAGCGAGUCAGAUAUGACCUGGGAGCCGGAAGACAAUCUUAGAGAGAGCGCCUCAGAUGUCCUCGACGAGUACCUAGAGAGCAUUGGUGGCCGUGACAAGGUCUUUGAGGAUGUCGACAAGGCCCUGAAGACGAAGAAGCGAGGCCGACCCAGUUCUUCCACACCUAAUGCUGCACCGGCAAAGCGAUCUCGCAAGAACGGCGUCCACCCGGCAGACAGCACUCCUCCAGCCAGCGCCAAGGUGGCAGAGUGGAAAGUCCCGAGCGGAAGCUGGGAGGAUGCGGUUGAAUCCAUCGAUGCGUGCCAGGACGAGGAGAAGGGCGAUCUAAUCAUCUAUCUCACCUGGAAGAAUGGACAAAAGACGCAGCAUCCGAAGGAGGUCAUAUAUAGGAGAUGUCCCCAGAAGAUGCUUCGUUUCUAUGAGCGCAACAUCCGCAUCGCGAGAGAUGGCGAGGUCGUCCCGCUUAACCACUCUACCCAAUGA